GUCGGACAUUCUUGGCUGGAUGAAAAACGACGAGCUGAGCUUAACACACCUCCUCUGAGAGACAACCUGGAAACCUCAUAGUAUGAACGUGCUCCUGGUCACUGAGGGCAAACUGAGCGCAGCACCGCUCUCAACUCCCUGUACACGCUGUGAUCAUUGUCUCCCAUGUUGCAGAGGUGGAAAGCGGCUACACGGCAAUACACAGCGUCCGCAGGGACCCGGUGCAAAGGUUUCUAAAGGUAAACUCAAAGCCACCCGCAGAGGAACAUCCCGUCCUCCACUCAUUGAAUGUGCUCGUUAGCUUAGGGAGCUAAUCUUCGCCUCACCUCGCUUUAACUAGCUGUUCCUCGUUGGCCGAUAAAGUUUACCCCGCACAAAGAAAACGACUUAUUUCCAAAGUUCAGCGGCUGAGUUCCAGCGGACAGCAUCCAGACAGAGAGAGACGAGCCCCGGGAAAGCAUCCCGGGAGCGGAGAGGGCAGUCGCGGCCGCUGGACUCGGUCUGACUGGACUGAAGUUGCCUAUCGAAACGGAUAUGUGGCACAAACUGUAACUCCCACAAUGCACCUCGAAGGAUGCGAAAGUUUGUUGUUAUUCGGAUAGAAGCGUGAACCGAGACUAACCCAUUGUGAAAUCGGUCCUUCAAUUAACUUGCUUUAAUGUGGAAUAAUAUCUAGUAUUUUAUUUGUUUGAUUAAUUACCGCGUAUAGAAAAACGAUCUAUAACGACUAUUUAGAGCUACGCGGCGUGCCGUAGAUCGGGUGACGUCAUUGUUAGCCCGUCAUGUUUGUAGCAAACAGCUAGCUAGCUGCUGCUGCUAUUUACCUGCUAUAACUGCUCAGAAAUUACAGCUAGAUCGGGUUCCCUUUCAUAUGUUGUAUUUCAUUUAGAGAUAUUCUGUAUUUUAGUCCAUCGUAAUACGUUGUGGAGAGAAGGGGCCGUCCGUCAGGAGAGGUAAACAACUAGCCGAGCUGCGCUCAGUAGCCAUCAUCUCCGUUUCGUUUCGUCGCUUGUAAAUGGAAACAUCUCCUGUUCCGCAAUGAACUGUCGCUCGGAGGUUCUGGAGGUGACAGUGGAGUCGAGGCAGGUGGAGGAAGCCAUGCUGGGUCUGCUGCACACCAUCUUAAUGCACCGCAGCACCGGGAAGUUUCACUACAAGAAGGAGGGCACCUACUCCAUCGGUACAGUGGGCACACUUGACUUCGACUGUGACUUCAUCGACUUCACCUUUGUCCGAGUGUCCUCAGAGGAGCUGGACAGGGUGAUCAGGAAGGCUGUGUCAGAAUUCAAGGAUGCACUGAGCAACUCUGGCAGCGACGGCAUGGGGCAAAUCUCCCUGGAGUUCUACCAGAAGAAGAAAUCUCGCUGGCCAUUUUCUGACGAGUGUAUUCCCUGGGAGGUGUGGAGCAUCAAGGUCAACGUGGUCAACCUCGCCAACGAGCAGGAGAGACAGAUCUGCAGGGAGAAAGUGGGCGAGAAGCUGGGGGAGAAGGUGAUCAACGUGGUUGAGGUCAUAAAUCGCCACGAGUACUUGCCAAAGAUGCCCACCCAGUCAGAAGUGGAUAAUGUUUUUGACACCAGUCUCAAAGAUGUUCAGCCGUACCUUUACAAAAUCACAUUUCAGAUCACUGACACUCUGGGCACCUCCGUAAGCACCACGAUGAGGAGGCUGAUUAAAGACACCCUGGCCCUGUGAGGAUGCUCCCACACAGAGAAGAAAAUGUUAUGGAUGACUUCAAUACUCAAAAAAUAUCUGUACUAGCCUCUGUCAUCUCUUCAUGUAAAACAAAUAAUCAGUUUUUCCAGCUCCACUCCUGCUACAGUGAAAGUGUCAUAACUUUUCAGACUUCUCUACCAUGACUCUGGUAUUGAUUGUACCUCAAAAUUCUUAAUUACACAAUGUCUAUUUAAGGAUAAUUCGUUCUAACAAACUUUGUUUUCCAAUUAUCUUUACUUACCACCAUAUAAAAAAUGCAACCCCAGCACAUUGCUGAAUAACACACUAUAUAUAUAUAACAGGAUAUAAUAUAAAAUCUGUAAAUUAUUGUAAAUUUCUGUAAUAAAUGUUGAUUGUAACGAAAAGGUAUUUACUGUCAAUAGGCAUGUCUCUGUCAAACUUAAGUCUGCCUCUGUAAAUUCCUUCCAAUCCUUUGAGACUAGAGCAACUACUGGUAAAUAUGAAUUCACAAGAUUCAGUCAAUAAUAAAAAAUGUAAUCUGA